CUUAUGCGGAGGAUCAGCGUCGCUGGCGGGCCAUCGGCUGCCAGGCGGGAGUGCGCAGCGUAGUGUGCGAUCCACCAGGUGGUCGGUCCUUUUUCUCUGCCCUACGCAUAGUAUCGUUCUCUUCUUCAAUUUUUUCCCCUCUAUUGUUUCUUCCCCUUACUUCUUCGUGCUUACUCUAUAUGUAUUAUUUGCUAGUUAUUAUUAUUCUUCUUCUUCUUCUUCUUCUUCUUCUUCUUCUUCUUCUUCUUGUGUUCCUCGCGUAUCCAGUUCCUUUUCUUCAUGGCCCCUUAUUCUGAAACACGCAGAACCAAAUCCAACGCCAAUCUAGAUUCGACAAGACCUCGCAUCGUUGACUGGCGACUCCCAAGGUCCCGUUCUAACCCGUUGCAAAGAAUAAAGAAGUUGGCUAGUUAUUAUUAUUACAGCGUAGUUAACUCACAAUUUUUCGCGACCAACAUUGCGAUAAAAAUAGCAGCCCAACCCAAGCCACCGCUUGAGAUUUCGCGAAACGGCGUCAGAAAACAUCCGUCGCAAGGCGUCUGUCUACUUUUAUUUAUUUAUUUUCUUUUCCCUUUUGCAUCGCUAGUUAACCUUUGUCUUCACGAUCUAUUUUCCGGUCAGUGUCAUUGAUUUAUUGCAGUUGUUUCUACACUACUAAUUCACAAUUGCCCUAAAAUAACUACUCCGUAACUGUUCUGAGAGAUGUCUCACUGACCGUCCGACAGUUUACAAUCUGUUUCUGCUAUAUAUGUACAGUCACUUCACAAAUGUAAAAUCUAAAUCUAUGAUUUAUUCAAGUAGCGAGAGAAUAUUAAUUAUUAAUUAUCUCAACA